AUGGUGGUGACUGGUUCAACAGACGGCAUAGGAAAACAAUAUGCGUUAGAGUUGGCCAGAAAAGGUCUCAACAUCGUGCUGAUCAGCAGAACUUUGGAGAAAUUGACAAUAGUCGCCAAUGAAAUAGAAUCACAAUAUCCUGUGAAGACAAAAACUAUUGUGGCUGAUUUCAGCAAAGGUCAGGAAAUAUAUAAACAUAUAGAAAAUGAACUUUCUGGAAUUCCAGUUGGAAUAUUAGUUAACAAUGUAGGGAAACAGUAUUCAUAUCCAAUGUAUCUGAGCGAAGUACCAGAGCAAGAUCUUUGGGACAUUGUCAACAUAAAUGUAGGAGCUGUUACUUCCAUGUGCAGAAUGGUCUUAAAACAAAUGCAAGAAAGGAAAAAAGGUGCCAUUGUCAAUGUCUCAUCUGGUUCUGAGCUGCAACCUUUGCCAUUGAUGACGGUAUAUGCAGCCACAAAGGUGUAUGUGAAAUCCUUCACAGCAGCUUUACGAUUCGAAUGUGCCGAUUAUGGGCUUACUGUCCAGCACUUGGCUCCACUUUUCGUGUCAACCAAAAUGAACCAUUUUUCUAGCCGGAUUUCAACAGCUAGUUUACUUGUUCCUGAUGCGCGAACAUACGCUCGGCAUGCGGUCGCGACUUUAGGACGUACUGAUAGUACGACAGGGUAUUGGAGUCAUGGAAUUCAGUACACAUUUACAUCGCUGCCACCAGUAUGGUUACGGACGCUCAUUGGUGGAAUCAUGAACAUGAGCUUCCGGAAUGAAUACCUACAGCGAGAACAAAAGACUGCAUAG